AUGGAUAUGGAAAAUUGUCGCUAUGUGCGCAAGGCUCACCAACACUUUCCCAUUGCUUGGAUUGCUGAGAAAUACAGGCAAGAAUUUCUGGAACAAAUGAGGACUCUGUGGGACAAAAAACUUGAAAAUCAAAGACAUCUUAAUAGAGAAACCAGCAAAAUCACAUCUUGGGAGGAUUUUGAAGAUCAGUUCCUCAGAAAAAUGUAUGAAGAACUAGAAACUAUGUGCCGUCAACCAGACCUAGAACUGCUCCAGCAUUUUGAAGACCUUAUGAAAAAGAGCAACUUUUUGCAGCAACAUAUGCCCCAGCCUGUGAUUCCAUUGCUCAGUUCAAUGCCCAUUGAUGGAUUGAUAAGAAAGUUCUGCUGUUAUCAAGUGUAUAUGUGCUUGGAUUAUGAAGAAGGCACUUGCCAUUUUCCCAUUUGA